AUGCCGCGUCUCAACCUUCUCCAGCUGCUCUUCGUCUCGCUGAUGCUUCUGUCGCUUGUCUUUGCGACUGAAUCUCACGAUGAAACCUCCCGUGAGUCCCACCAGGGUAUCCUGGCCGGUGUCCAAGGUCAUUCCAGCAAUGCCCUUCAUGACGCCCUCCACGCUCUGUCCAACAAAUUCCGCGACGGCAUCUUCGAAACUGACCUGAGUGCCGCCGAAGCCCUGCAAAAAGAGGAUCAAUCCAUUGCCAGCCUGGUGAAGUUUGUCAAGCGUGAGAGCAAUGCCACUGCUACUCCCGACCCCACCUCAAGUGCUUCCUCGUCCGAUCCCACCACAUCCAGCAGCGAUACACCCACUACCUCGGACACCCCGACCUCAAGCUCUUCCUCCGAUACUCCUACUACUUCGAAUGUCCCCACUUCCACCACCACCACCACCAAGUCUACCCCAACCACCACUGAGCAACCCACUACCUCUUCAUCCUCUUCAUCUUCCACCGCUCCGACCACCACCAGCACGACUUCUUCUUCUUCUUCCUCGUCGUCGUCGUCGUCGUCAUCGUCGUCUUCAGCUCCCUCCAGCUCAUCGGCUACUACUCUAUCGACCACGACUAGUACCACUUCUUCGUCUUCUACCGAGAACACCCACACCACCACCGCCCAAGAAAGCUCGUCUACCUCGGUCUUCAAGGCCACCACCACUUUGCCCAAUGGUGACGUGAGCACUCUGACCUCCACCACCAUCAUCAAGGUGCACCCGACCGGUUCGGACGCAACCACCACUGGAGCCGGUCAAGGCAGUCUGCAAACCGGUGCUGCCGCCUUGCCCAACGCCGGUCUCACUCGCGAGGUUGCUGCCAUGGUUGGCGGCGCCAUCGUGGUCGCCAUGGCUCUGUAA